AUGGAAAUCAUUACGGAGAGGUUCUACUCGAACCUUUUCCGUUCAUCAACUCCUAUGUCAAGCCCGAUCAUCCCCACUGGCGAAGCUCCACCACGGAUUCUCCCUUCGGAAGUACGAGUCGCUAUCAAAAGCAUGAAACCUGGCACAGCCCCCGGACCUGAUUUUAUAUCAGCAGACUUUCUUCGGACUGGUGGCCAUCCACUACAUCUAAUCUUAGCAGUGCACAUGACAUUCUACCUUCAGAAAGAAAGGAUCCCAGACCUGUGGAAAACCUCGCGAGCAGUUCCUAUCCGACUCUGGAUGAAUCUCAGCCUCAUGAACAUGCUGGAUUCCGCCAAGGGUUCAGCUCUUGGAACACAUCCAGACCGUGUCGAGGGUCAUAGAGCGUUGGUCGAUCAAGGUGUGGACGCGUCGUAUGUGAGGACAUUAGCCAACUGUUACCAUCGACGCACCACUAAGAUACAACUUUUCCACCGCCCGCUCGCCAUACCCAUUGGAAAGAGGGUACGACAAGGCGACACUAUAUCGCAGAAGCUGUUCACGCCUGCAUUUCAAUGGAUAAUGAAAUCACUUUUUUGGGAAGAAUGGGACAUACCUGUUGAUGGAAGAUUUCUUUCGAACCUUCGUUUCGCGGACGACAUCGUUCUCUUUUCGAGCAGUACCAAUGAAGCAGAAACGAUGCUCAACGAAUCGAACGAAGCAGGGAAGAGAAUAAACAGAAAGAAGACACAGUUCAUGAAGGACGCCUACUGCGAGGACGGAGGAGUACAACUUGAAGGCUUCCAAACCGUGGAAACCUCAUCAUACGUAUACCUCGGCCCUUUUAUAAACAUGAAAAACAACUUGAAGGAAGAAUUGAAUAGAGAAUGA